AUGUUUGGGUCGCAAGGAUUCAGUAACUCUGCCUCUCUGGGGCAAGUUAAUCCGUUUGCAACAACAAAGACAUCUGCCUUUGGUACAUCGGCAUUAGGAGGAAGUUCUUUGACACCAGGCAAUGCAAAUAAAUCAGGUUUUGGAGAUUCGGGGUUUGGCAGUGUUGGAUUUGGCAAUAAAAGUAAAAGCACUAGCUCUGGAUUUGGAAGUGCUGGCUUUGGAAGUGCUGGACUUGGAAGUUCUGGCUUUGGAGGUUCUGGCUUUGGAAGUUCUGGCUUUGGUAAUGCGGGAUUUGGAAGUUCUGGAUUUGGUAGUUCUGGAUUUGGUAAUUCUGGAUUUGGUGGUCAAAGUGGGAAUAACCCAUUUGGAAACACGGGAUUUGCGUCUAAGACGUCACAGCCAUCAUCACAGACAGCGAACUCCAGCGGCGGUGCUUUUGGUUCUAUGGCUCUGCCGUUUUCAUCCUUGGCAAACAAUUCCAACAAGCAAGCAACGGCAUCUCUGAACAAUGCAUUCUCUACACAGUACCUGAAUGCAUUCGCCAAUCAGAGUAACACUUUUGGAUCAAACUCACAGUCAUCCUCCACCCCCGUGAACUCAUCAAGCAAUACGGCCUCGCCAUUCAGUGUCAUGACCUCAAAGACACCACUGACUUCUGCAUUUGGGAACAACAACCCAACUGCUGCUCAACAAGAAACUUCUGCAUUUGGGAACAACAACCCGACUGCUGCUCAACAAGCAACUUCUGCAUUUGGAAGUUUUCCAACAAUACAGGGAAAUCAAACUCAGAAUAAAGAGCAAACAAACUCAUCUUCCUCGCCAUUUGGCUUUUCAUCGGGGUCUUUUCAGAACCCUCCAGCAUUUUCAUUUACAAAAUCUAAACCAAUUGACCAGUCCUCUACGAAACUGCCAAUGGGUUCAGCCCCUCAGAGUUCUCAAGUUGUUGAUACUACAGUAAAGGGAUUAGGUUCAGUAGAUGGAAUCGAUCCAGAUAAUGACGACGAUCUGACCAAACCAAAUUCCACAAAACCUCUCCUGGGGCUAAACUUGGACAAGUAUUUUAUGCAAGCGUUUACUGCAGAUGCUUUUGCUCUUGGUAAGGUUCCAGAUAUACCGCCACCACCGACAAUGUGCAAUUAA